GUCCCCUUCGUCCUUUCUUGCCCUCAAAUCAUUUCGCCUCAUUCGUCUCUCAUCUUCUUGCUCUGUUUUGCUCUUUCGUCUCAUCGGCACAACUUUUCUUCCUCCUCCUCCUCUUCUUCUUCUUCAGUAUCUGCUUCUCUUUUUCAUUGUUCUCUGUAUUUGUCUCCUUGUUUUCUCGUUCUUUGUUUUUCGGACAAAAAUCAAAAAAAAAUGUCGAUCGAUUCUGCCAUUUCUAUUGCAUGGGAUGUUUUGAAGUACGUAGUUGCUCCCAUCAAGCGUGGAUUCGGAUACGUCAUGUCCUCCGAGAGCUACGCCAACAAUCUUCGGGAGGAAGUCGAGAAGCUGGAGUACGAGGCUGAGAGGCUCCACAAUGCCACGGAAGAGGCUAGAAACAAUCUUCGGAAUGUCUACAGCCGGGCCACAGAGUUGCAGGCAAGUUCUGAAAAAGCCUCGAAGGAGGCGCGAGACCUGUUGGGGGACUUCGAAAAGGCGACGAAGACUUGCUGCUAUGGGACUCUUCCUGACCCCAAUUGUCGCUAUCAGUUCAGCAGGAACGCCAGGCACAAGAUCGAAGACAUUCAGCGACUCGCUGGAAAUUGCAGGGAACUCCAAAACAUCUCCUACAGCCGUCCACCUCCGGGGAAUGCUGCUGCACCGACUCCGGCCAGGAAAGAAGGCAAAGAUGUCAUCCGGUCAACCACCCCGGCAGCCUCCGCAUAUUCUGCCUCAACUUCGAUUAAGCUUAGGUUCGACUCCAGAGCAUCUGUCAUACAGGAGAUCAUGGAUGCUCUUGCCAAUAACAGCAACAGCGUGGUUGGGGUUCACGGGAUGGGUGGGGUCGGCAAGUCCACCCUUUUGGCGGAUGCCGAGAAGAGAAUAAGGGAAAAAAAUUCGUUCGAUUGGGUCGCUAAGGCCGAUGUGUCGCAAAAUCCAGACAUCAAGACGAUUCAAGAAGAGAUUGCGGACUGUUUGGGCCUUAGUGACAUUAAGAAGGAAGAGAAAGUCAAAUCGCGAGCGAAGCUUCUGCGCGAGAGGUUGGAAAAUGAGGAGAGACAGAAAAAGAAGGUCCUCAUAAUAUUGGACGACCUGUGGGAGCGGCUCGACUUGAAAUUAGUCGGCAUUCCUUGCGGACCUGACAACAAAGUUAUAGGAUGCAAGUUGUUGUUGACGGCGAGAGAACAACGUGUUUUGCGAAGGGAAAUGCUCUGUGACAUUGCCUUCCGCCUUGGUGGCCUGGAGGACGAAGAGGCAAAAAGAUUGUUUGAGACAACGGUGGGAGGCAAAGUUCGAGUUGACUUAGAACCCUUGGUGGGGGAAGCACUCCGCAUAUGUGCAGGUUUGCCUUUCCUAAUUCUCGCGAUAGCGAGACUUUUUAUAGACACUAGUUACUCUGAAUGUGAAAUUGCUUUGAAACAAAUUUGGGACGAAGAAACCGGUGAGGUGAUUGAUAAGACAUUACGAGUAAGUUAUGAUCGUAUAAAAUGCGAGGAGGCAAAGUCAUUGUUACAACUUUGUGCUGUUUAUGGUGUCUCUAAGCCCUCUCUUGAAAAUUUGGUGAGGCACGGCGUGGGUUUGGGGUUAUUUGGAGAAGAUAAUAGCAUGAAAUAUGCUAGAAAUAGGUUGAGCUCACUGAUUGAUACUCUUCAAGCCUCCUCCCUGUUGUUACACAGUGGAGAAGAUGAAGGUUUCAAAAUACAUGACUUGGUUCGUCUGUUUGUUGCCUCGAUCGUUUCAAGAGAUCACCCUAUUCUCGUGUUGAAAGAUGAGUCAGUUGUAGAGUUGCCGAAGGACAAGCUCAAAAGUUGUGGGGCGAUAUGCUUUCCCUGCGUUGACUUGGAAGAACUUCCCGAAGAAUUAGAUUGCCCCGAUUUGCGAAUCUUUUUGUUGUUCACAAACAAGAAUUCUCUUGAAGUCCCAUAUUCAUAUUUCAACUCUAUGAAAAAUCUCAUGGUCUUAAAUCUUACUGGGAUACGUCUCAGUCGUUCGCCUUCGCCGUUUCAAUUCUUGGAGAAGUUACACACUCUUUGUCUUGAUCAUUGUUCGUUAGAGGAUGUGGCCAUUCUUGGCGAGCUAAAACAGAUACAAAUUCUCAGCAUUCGAUACUCCAACAUUGAUCGAUUGCCAAAAGAAAUAGGGCAACUAACGAAGCUGAGGUUGUUAGACUUGAAUUAUUGUUCACAACUUGGGACAAUCGAACCAGGUGUGCUUGGAAGCCUGAUGAAGUUAGAGGAGUUGUAUAUGCAGAAUAGCUUUCACCAAUGGAAUGCUGCGGACCAAACUCCACCGACUAAUGCCAGUCUUAUAGAGUUGAAUAACAUGAAAAAUCUCUACACUCUACGUGUAUCCAUUCCCAAUUCAAGUGCGCUCCCAGAGGAUUUAAACGUCAAGAAAUUAACCAGGUACAGAAUCAAAAUAGGUACUGUGUGGCGCUGGGAGUGCAAAGGAUCGUGUACAUUGGAGCUCCGCUUGGAUCCAUUAAGCGAUGUUCUUCGGAAAGGAUGCAUACAAAGUAUCUUAAGCAAGACUGACGAUCUGUUUUUGGAGGAGUUGAACGGAAGUGAGCAAAGUAUUUGCGCGUUAUCCCCAAAAGGUUUUCCAGAAUUAAAGCAUCUACAGGUCAAGAAUAGUUCCUCCGUCCAUUACAUCCUCCAAUCGCCAUCCCGUACAAAUUUUAAGGCGUUGGAGUCGUUACUUAUCAAGAAUCUCAUCAACUUGGAGAAGAUAUGCCACGGCCAUAUCUCCUUCAAGUCCUUCAGCACAUUAAAAGUCGUACGAGUCGAAAGUUGUGACAAGAUGGAAGUAUUGUUUCCUCUUUCAGUGGUGAGCGAACUUCAAGAGCUAGAAGAGAUCGAAGUUGUUGGUUGCAAGUUAAUGCGCGGGAUUGUAGAAGCUGAUGAUUUUGGCAAAGUGGAGUUGUCUAAUUUGCGUGUAUUGAAAUUACGUACCUUGCCAAAUAUCAAGAACUUUUUCAACGCCGGGUCAGCUCCUUCGAGUAGUACAUCAGACGACCAAGUUAGCACUCAAAUCGCAUUCUUCAAUGGGCAUCAGGUUGUUUUUCCUAGAUUGGAGACAUUACAGAUCACUGGCUUGGAUAACAUCGUGAUGAUAUGGGACGAUCAAGUUGCCGCAGAUUCUUUCCCCAAGCUAAAAUCCGUUUGUGUGGGUGAAUGCAAUAGGCUUGUGCACGUUGUUACUUCUUCCAUUCUAGGACGGAUCUUGAGCUUGGAAAGCUUGGAGGCACGAUCGUGUGGUUCGCUUAAAGUUAUUUUCAAAUUUCAGCCACGGGAUUCUCUAGAUGGGCAUCCUGUUACUCGUUCUCCAUUAAAAGAGCUGGAGUUAUUUGAUCUACCAGAGCUAAAAUGUGUAUGGGAUAAGGAACUUCACCGUCAAGUUACAUUCCAAUGUCUACAUUCUGUUAGCGUUGAAAAAUGUGAGAGCCUCACCUCUCUGUUUCCAGCCUCAAUAGCACGAGAUCUAAUGCAAUUUGAGUUGAAGAUCAAAAUAUGUGGCAUUGUGGAACUCAUCGAGAAGGAAGGACUGGAAGAGCCGAGCAUCAAUGUGGAAGCAAUAGAAGGCGCAAGUCAUGAGCUAAAAGUAAUAUUACCCUUUACAAGUUAUUUUCAACAUCUAAAAACUCUAAAUGUGUCAUGUUGUGAUGGGUUAUCAGAUAUGUUCUCACCGACAAUGGCUACAAAUUUGGUGGCACUCACAGAAUUGAGGAUAAGUAAAUGUAGAAUGUUUACUGAAGUCAUUAGUGAUGAGGGAGGUAGGGAGGGGCAUGUAGUGGCUUUCCAUCAAUUGAAGUAUAUGGAGCUUAAGGGGUUGACAAGGUUGAGAUGUUUCAGCUCUGGUGGAUAUACUUUGAUGUUCCCUCUGCUGGAAGUUGUCAUUGUGAUCCGAUGUCUCAACAUGAAUUUCUUCUCUAAAGGACGAAUAGAUGCGCCAAAGCUAAAGAGAGUACGGGUAUCUAAAGAUGAUGCAGCAACAGAGUGGUUUUGGAAGGAAAACCUCAACAUCACCAUCCAAAAUAUGUUUGAAGAAAUGGUUACGUUUGCUGGAGUAAACAAAAUGCUACUAUCUGAGCUCCCCGAUCUGAUUGGAAAAUGGCAUAGCGAACUUAAUCCCAUCAAGUCAUCUUGGCAAUUAGAAUCAUUGACGGUGGAUAAAUGUCCAUCAUUUAUUAAAGCAAUUCCAUCCAAAUUGAUGCUUGUUUUAGACAAUUUGCGCUUUUUGCAAGUGCGCGAUUGCGAGUCACUAGAAGAAAUAUUCAAUCAGGAAGGGCUAGAGGCUAUGGAAAGCACUCGGGUGCUGCCUCGGCUAGAUGAAUUGAACUUGGUCAAUCUACCAAAGUUGAGACGACUAUGGAACAAAGAUCUUCAAGAAUCGUUGCGCUUCGAUUCUCUAGGUGUUCUCAUUCUUUAUAGUUGCAGCAACUUGGGACAUGCUUUCACUCCAUCGAUGGCUCGGUGCCUUGCCCAUCUAAGGAAAAUUGAAAUAAAGGAGUGUGGUCAGAUGGAAGGAGUGAUCACAGACGAAGAAGGGCAGGGAAGCACCGUGGAGAAGAUUACAUUCCCAAAUUUGGAAUACUUGACGCUGGAAUGCUUGCCCAAUUUGACUAGUUUCCUCUUGGGAAAGAAUCAUACGCUGGAUUGUCCCAAAUUGGAAGAGUUGACCAUUGCCCACUGCCCCAAGAUGAAAAGUUUGACUUGGCAAUCUUUGAUGAGGAUUGACCGCGGCACCCCUUCGCUUUUCACUCCACAGGUACAAUUUCCUCAACUUAAGUCGAUGGUUCUCUCCCACAUGGACAAUUUAAGCAAAAUAUGGACCAACGGUCCUCAAGAAACUCUCACUUUUGACUAUUUAGGGGAAGUGGAGGUUCAAAAUUGUAAGAGCCUUGAAAAUUUGUUUCCGCAUUGGGUGGCUACAAGUCUUACCCAACUUAAGAAACUUCGAGUGGAGUGUUGUGGGAUCGAGGAAAUAGUCGCUAGUGGAGAUGACACUCCACACUCCAAUAUUGCUCAAGUUCUUUUCCCGAUACUAACCUCUCUAGUGUUACACGAUAUGUCACGGGUCAAGAGCUUUUGCCCUAAUUUCCCCACUUUGAAUUGGCCAUUCAUGGAGGAAUUGCGAGUGACGCACUGUGACAAACUGAACACGUUGUCCUUUGCAACAUCCAUGACCAAUUGGGCUCAAAGAGAUGAUCAACAGGACCUUUCAUACCAAGAAGCAGAGUCUUCAUUUGAGAGGGACUUUCCCAACUCAAAGAGACUUUUAUUAGUCGAUAAAGAUGUUCAAAUGAUACGAGAUGGAAAAUUUCCCGAUGAUAUCUUUGGCAAGCCAAAAGCGCUAACAUUGGCAUGCUUUCAUGAUGAAAGUGCCAUCUUUCCUUCCAGAUUCCUCUUAGAGAGAUUUCAGAAUUUACAAAACCUUGAGAUCUUUUGUUGCUCCUUUGAAGAUAUAUUACUUGACGAAGGGCUUAUUGAUGAGGGAAAACAUCCGGUGCUUGAAAAUCUAAGAGAACUUAAGUUGAGCAAGCUGCAUAACUUACAACGUGUGUGGAGCGAAGACUACUUAAUGGCGAAAAUUCUUCGCAGUAUCGAAACAUUUGAGGUUUGGGAUUGUCCUUGUUUGACAACAAUAUUUCCAACUGUGAUAUCCUUCCAGAAUUUGACGAAGUUAGUGGUGAAGAAUUCCUCUGGAUUGGUACAUCUGGUAACAGUUUCGGCGAUCACAAAUUUGGUGCAUCUCAUCGAUAUGACUAUAAUAGGAUGUGAAAAAAUGAAAGAAGUAGUGGCGAACGAUGAAAACGGAGAAGGAAAUGUGAUUUCUCUUGAGAAGUUAGGUAGGUUGACACUCCAAAAUCUGCCGAGCCUAGAAUGCUUCUCCUCCGCCACAAGUUGCAGCUUCAGGUUCCCAUCCUUGGAGGAGAUUGAAGUGGAAGAGUGCCCGAAAAUGAAAAUAUUUUCUAAGGGUACGCUAAGCACGCCAGAACUAUCUACUGCGUCACUAUUCAGAUACAAAUGGCGUUAUGACUGGGAGGGUGAUCUCAAUGCAACCAUACAAAAGUUAUCAGCAUAGACAAAUGCACAUAAAAUUAGGGAGGGCAGGUGGCGCAAAUGGAGAGAGAGAGAGAGAGAAAGGUAAAAUGGCAGCCACGUGUGAUCAGCAUCAUCAGCCCCCAUCGAUCUCCCCUCCUCCAUCACCGCACUGAAACAUUUAUCCCAAAAAAGAAACGAUUUUUUUCUUGCGACAAAGCUCAACAGUGCGCCGCUCCCUCCCACCAUUCCCUGAAGAAGAUCAUCAUGGUUUCUCGUCGUCGUCGCCGCCGGAGAGAAGACGAAAGUGCGAUGCCGGAGAUCGCACCGCCGAGCCUGGACGAACUUGAAUCCGGCAAGCUCUCUGCUUCUGUUCAAUUCAUCAUGCAACAUAUUCGGGAAAUCAAGCAAAUUGCGGCUCUUAGGUAAUCAGACAGGUCAUGGACGGUGAAGCUAAGGAGCUAUGGAUGCGAUAUGUUUGGGGAAAGUGAAUUGCAUUCACCCAAGUGUCCUCAACUUUGUAAGGCAAGUAAUCUCAUCAGGUUUGCGAAGUUCAUGGCCGUUAUUGUGUAUAAUCAUCAGCACGGGGUUUGGGGAGAGACGGAAGUUCGAACUGCUCAUCAUGAGAUUUUCAAGGUAAAGCUGAAAGAGACGGGUUUGUGCAAAGCUCUCGAACCGGCCAGCACAUUUAAACCUGAGUAUCCUUUCUUCCAAAUUGCGGUGAGGUGGAUAUAUCUGAAGAAAAGCAAUGUGAGAGUUCCUGGUUCAUUUUCAAAGACGCACAUCAAGAAAAGUCCGCAGACCAUGGCUCUCAUAUUUCAAGACAAAUCUUUGCCGAUGAAGCUCAUCAGCCAUGAACAUUGUGGAAAGUUAUCUGCCAGUUGUGCCACAUUCACGAGAGAAACUUCUCUGAACUGAAGGGGGGAAGAUAUACGUGUUCGAGCUCAUUAGAAGGGACGAUAUCGUAUUCGGAGAAUCCAUCUUCAGAACCACUGAUACGACCUAGGUGAAUAAUACUAUGCAGAAGGACAUAGCAGAGGAAGCAUCCUUUAGGUCACAUUAGGGGAGAACAUAACUUCAGAAUUGCUAGGCUAAAGUGCACUUGUGACUCGGCAAAUCGGAUAAAAGCGUGGAGUUCUGUUCUAAUGAAUGGAAUGGUUCUGAAUGUGUAUGAUACCUUUCCUUGAUCCUAGCGUUAGCGGGCGCUAUGUGGGCAGGAGUCAUGAGACGGACGAAGCUGAUUGCUAACGUUGAUGUAAUGUGUAGUAACGUAUGAAUACACUUCCCUUAAGCCAUAUACCUGACUCAGAAUUUCAAGGCGCAGCCCAUGGUUUUACAAGCUCCGGUGAGCUUACAUCAGAUUCUUUUCGAGUUCUUGAAGAUUUUACGAUUUUAGUUUUUUCGCAUGCAGGCGC